AUGUCGGGAGCUAUCUUUGCGCCCCUGGAGGGCCCGGGCGCCCUGGACGCGGCGAAUGGCCCUCCGCUCGUGUGCCCGCUGUGCCGCGCGCAGUACGAGCACCCCUGCCUGCUGGACUGCUUCCACGACUUCUGCGCCGGCUGCCUGCGCGGCCGCACCGCCGACGGCCGCCUCGCCUGCCCGCUGUGCCAACACCAGACGGUGGUGAAGGGCCCCAGCGGGCUGCCUCCGGUGGAUCGGCUGUUGCAGUUCCUGGUGGACAGCUCAGGGGAUGGUAUGGAGGUGGUGCGCUGUGCCAACUGCGACCAGGAGUGCGGCAAGCAGGACGCAGAGACCACGUACUUCUGCAACACGUGCGGUCAGCCGCUGUGCGCGCGCUGCCGUGAUGAGACGCACCGGGCGCGCAUGUUCGCGCGCCACGACAUCGUGGCCUUGGGCCAGCGCAGCCGCGACGUGCUCCAGAAGUGCACACUGCACGCCGAGCCCUACAUCAUGUUCUCCACCGACAAGAAGUCGCUGCUGUGCAUCCGCUGCUUCCGGGACAUGCAGGGGGAGAGCCGGGCUCACUGCGUGGACCUCGAGUCGGCGUACAUGCAAGGCUGCGAGCGGCUGCAGCAGGCGAUGCUGGCGGUGAAGGCCCUGCAGACCGCCACCCGGGAGGCCAUCGCACUGCUGCAGGCGAUGGUGGACGAGGUGCGACGCAGCGCGGCGGAUGAGGAGGCCGCCAUCCACGCCCUCUUCAGCAGCAUGCAGGACAAACUGGCAGAGAGGAAAGCGCUGCUGCUGCAGGCUGUGCAGAGCCAGUAUGAAGAGAAGGACAAGGCCUUCAAGGAGCAACUCUCCCAUUUGGCUACUCUGCUGCCCACCCUGCAGGUCCACCUGGUCAUCUGCUCUUCCUUCCUCAGCUUGGCCAACAAGGCUGAGUUCCUGGACCUGGGCUAUGAGCUGGUGGACAGGCUGCAGGGCAUCGUCACGGGGCCUCAUCGCCUACGGCCCGCGCAGAGCAGCAAGAUCGCCAGCGACCACCGCGCCGAGUUCGCGCGCUGCCUGGAGCCGCUGCUGCUGCUGGGACCGCGCCGGGCGGCGGGUGCCGGGGGCGGUGCCAGCACGCUAGCAGGGGGCUCGGGCCCCAAGGUGCUGAUGGGGCCCAGCUGCCCCUCCCCCGUGGGAAAGAUGUUGGGGUCACCGGUCCAAAAGCCCACGCUGCACCGGUCCAUCAGCACCAAGGUGCUGCUGGCAGAGGGCGACGAUUCUCCCUUCACGGAACACUGCCGCCACUUUGAGAACUCCUACCGGCGCCUGCAGGCAGAGAUGCAGAACCUGAAGGACCAGGUACAGGAGCUGCACCGGGACCUCACCAAGCACCACUCGCUCAUCAAGGCCGAGAUCAUGGGUGAUAUCCUGCACAAGUCCCUGCAGAUGGACACGCAGAUCGCCUUGGAGUAUGCUUCCGUGGAGGGCAUGAGAGCAGUCUUCCAGGAGAUCUGGGAGGAAUCCUACCAGCGCGUGGCUAACGAGCAGGAGAUUUAUGAAGCCCAGCUCCAUGACCUUCUCCAGCUGAAGCAGGAGAAUGCCUACCUGACCACCAUCACCAAGCAGAUCACGCCCUACAUCCGCUCCAUUGCCAAGGUGAAGGAGCGGCUAGAGCCCAGGUUUCAGGCCCCUGUGGAUGAACCGUCAGACCAUCUACAAAACACGCACGAUGAUGGCGUGAACGGCGAGGCCCAGGCCAGAGUCUCCGCUUUGAAACCUGCAAUGGAAAAAGAAAUCUCCUGA